AUGAAUAAAGAAGGUCGACAACAGUUCCAACGGAGCUCAACCGGAACAGAUACUGAAACAGCCCAACAGAAUGGCGUAUUUCUGUUUGGAAGUGCUCAUACACUGGCGAAAGAUAUGUCGAAAAUCGUCAAUCGACGACCAUUCAGUGAUGUAGUCUUCCUUGUCGGUCUCGAACGUACCAAGGUUUUUGGACACAAGUGCAUUCUUUCUUCGAGGAAUGAGGUUUUCCGUCGGCUUUUUGAGAGCGAUCCGCAUAAGAACUCCUUCGAAAUGCAGUCACUGAAACCGGUGACGUUUUUGUUGUUUCUGUACUUUUUGUACACCAAUUCGAUUUCUUUCGACCGUUUGGAUAUUUACGAAGUGUUUGACCUGUUGAAAACAGCGGACAACUACAAAUGCAAAGAACUGGUAUCGCUGGCCGAAAUCCAAUGUGGUUUUCUCCUGGAUCCAAAAACCGUUUUUGAAAUAUUGCCCGCGGCAAUUCAGCUUGAUCUGAAAUUCCUUCGUGAUGCUGCUCUUGAAUACAUUGAAGAUCACAGUUCAUUUCUUCUGAACCCUACAAACGAUGAGCUACUGUCCCUGACCCCAACAGCAAUGAAGUUGAUCUUGGAGAGAGAUCAGUUGCAACUCGACGAGCUGAAUGUUGUCGAAGUGGCUUGUUUUUGGGCGGAAAACUUUUUGAAGCGGGCUGAAGAACAGUAUAUCACUAUGGAACGGGACAGCUCCCGGACAUCUUUCAUGCAGGUGAGGCCCAUACAAGAAGAGAACGUCCAGGAUUCCUCUGAGAAUAGCCGGAUCGAUGCCGUGCAGGAUGUGGGGACACCCUACGCUUCCGCGUACAUGCAACCAGUUCUGGAAGAUGUGGCGAUGGUGAUGGGUACCCUUCGACUUGUGCUGUUAUCUCCAAACGAGCUGGCCAGACUGGAAGAGGAACAUUUGGAAAAACGGAUAAUACCGAGAGAAUGUUUUAUCAACGCCUGGCGAUUCCUGGCUCUUCAGUCGGCGCAACUACCCAGUUCUGACGGUGCCACACCAAACCUUAAUCCAUCUCCUCGCCAAGGGACGGGGCAACGAACACAGCGCCGAAAACCGACGGUCGAUUGGAGCAGACGAACGAAGUCAUUGGCCGUAAAAUCCAGCGGCUAGACAUGCAGACACUCAUUACUAGUACUAUUUAUCCGUCAUUGGUAAUGCAAUGUGUAUGGUGAGAAAUAUA